AUGUCAAGCGAAAAAGCUGAGCUCAAGCUCUGGGGUGGCAGAUUUACUGGGAAAACCGACCCAUUGAUGGAUCUGUACAAUGCGUCUUUGCCGUAUGAUCAAAAAAUGUAUAACGCGGAUUUGGAUAAUUCCAAAUAUUACACGGAGGGUCUCUUGAAAGUCGGGCUCUUAAACCAGGAAGAAUUAAGCGAGAUCCAUAGAGGACUGGAAAUCAUCCGCGGGGAAUGGAAGUCAGGUUCGUUCGUCGAAAAACAGGGUGACGAGGACAUCCACACGGCCAAUGAAAGAAGAUUGGGGGAGAUUAUUGGCCGUCAUAUCGCUGGAAAAGUCCACACUGGAAGAUCCAGAAAUGAUCAAGUGGCCACGGAUAUGAGAAUUUACUGCCGUGAAGCACUUGAGAGUUUGAGCCAAAUCUUGCGCGAUCUCAUUGGUGCCAUUUUACAGAGAGCAGAGUCUGAACUUGACGUUUUGAUGCCCGGUUACACGCACUUGCAAAGAGCACAGCCUAUCAGAUGGUCGCAUUGGCUGAACCUCUACGCCAGCUACUUCACAGAGGACUUCAAAAGACUGCAGCAGAUCAAAGAAAGACUCAAUGUGUCCCCACUGGGAUCUGGUGCUCUUGCCGGCCAUCCGUACGGAAUUGACCGUGAAUACAUCGCUGGAAAACUAGGUUUCAACGGAUGCAUUGGCAAUUCGCUGCAAGCCGUUUCCGACAGAGACUUUGUUGUUGAAAUUCUGUUUUGGUGUUCUCUUUUCAUGAACCACGUUUCGCGUUUCAGUGAAGAUCUGAUCAUCUACUCCACCGCGGAAUUCGGGUUCGUCAAACUUUCCGAUGCUUAUAGCACUGGGUCCUCUUUGAUGCCCCAAAAGAAAAACCCAGACUCUUUGGAACUGCUUCGUGGUAAGUCCGGGAGAGUGUUCGGCUCAUUGUCCGGUUUUAUGAUGUCGCUGAAAUCGAUUCCAUCCACUUACAACAAGGACAUGCAGGAAGACAAAGAGCCGCUUUUCGACGCGCUUACGACUGUGGAGCAUUCGAUCUUGAUUGCAACAGGCGUUAUCUCUACUUUGGACAUCAACAAGGAAAAGAUGUUCAACGCUUUGACAAUGGACAUGCUAGCAACAGAUUUGGCAGACUACUUGGUCAGAAAAGGUGUUCCUUUUAGAGAGACCCAUCACAUUUCCGGUGAAGCUGUAAGUAAGGCUGAGAAGCUGAAUUUGUCCGGUAUUGACAAAUUAACAGUGGACCAGUUUAAGGAAAUUGAUGAAAGAUUCAGUUCUGAUGUGGCUGAUGUGUUUGAUUUCGAGGUAUCCGUUGAGAGAAGGACUGCUAUUGGCGGUACUGCAAAGAGUGCUGUUUUGCAACAAAUCGAAAACUUGAAAAGUCAACUUGUAUAA